CCACACAACACCUCAUUUUCAUCAUUUCGGUACGACUUGAUUGUCGAUUUAGGGUUACCUCUACAACCAAACACACACAAGAACAUUUCACUUGAUCUCUCUCACUCAAGGCGCCAAAAUUGCAUUUAAAACGCAGUUCAGGUAGUGCAGGAUCAAGAAUGGUUAAACAAGCAUCAACUGUUAAUGAUCGUUUAAGAACAUAUUGGACACCACCAAUGGAGCGCUAUUUCAUUGACCUUAUGUUAGACCAAGUUGAAAAAGGGAACAGCGUUGGUCAUACAUUCAAUAAACAAGCAUGGACAGAUAUGCUUAUAAUUUUUAAUGAAAAAUUUGGAUCUAAAUAUGACAAAGAUGUACUUAAAGGUCGGUAUAAAAAUUUAUGGGAGCAGUAUAAUGAUGUGAAGAUUCUUCUUCAACAACCUGGCUUUGUAUGGGAUGAAACAGGACAACUGGUAAUAGCUUCGGAUCAAGUCUGGGACUCAUAUCUUAAGAAACAUCCAGAUAUCAGAUGUUAUAAAACUAAACCUGUUUUGAAUUAUAAAGACAUGUGCAUCAUAUAUGAUUACACAAUUGCAGAUGGAAGAUACAGCCGUUCAAGUCACGAUGUAGAGUUUGAAGAUUACGGGACCAAAAUAAGAGAAGGAUCAAGCAUCCAAACUGGAAAUUUUGUUCAGCCGAGGACAACUUGGACACCAACAAUGGAUCGAUUUUUCGUUGACCUCAUGUUAGAGCAGGUGCAUAUUGGAAGCAAGAUUGAGAAUUCAUUCACAAAACAAGCUUGGACAGAGAUGAUUAUGCAUUUUAAUGAAAAUUUUGGUUCGAAGUACAGCAAAAAUGUUCUGCGAAGCAGGUGUAAAAUUUUGAGGAAACAUUACAAUGAUAUGAAGGCUCUUCUCAGCCGGAGUGAAUUUAAGUUGGAUGAAACACGACAAAUGGUUGUAGCUGAUGAUUGUGUCUGGGAUGCUUAUAUCAAGGCACACCCUGAAGCACGAUCUUGUAGACUUACAUUUUUACCAGACUACAAUGAUCUAUGCAUAAUAUAUCAAAACGAAACUGGUGUUGGAGAGAUAGCUCAUUCAGUGUCUGAUGCAGACCUUCACACUGGUUGCAGUACUACACAGCAUGGGGAAGGAAACAAUAGUCAAAUGGCUCAAACCACCACUAAUUGUGAGCGGUCAAGGACGUAUUGGACACCACCAAUGGACCGCUAUUUCAUCGACCUUAUCCUAGAGCAAGUGCAUAGAGGGAAUAAGAUCGAUAAUACAUUUAUCACACAAGCUUGGGAGGAUAUGACAACAUUGUUUAAUUUGAAUUUUGGUUCACAGUACAGCAAAGAUGUUAUGAAAAAUCGAUAUAAAAGUUGGAGGAAGCAAUAUACUGAUGUUAGUAUACUUCUAAAACAAAAUGAGUUCACUUGGGAUGAAACUCGGCAAAUGGUAACAGCUGAUGAUAGCACAUGGGAUGCUUACAUCAAGGCACAUCCUGAUGCAAGAUCUUAUAGAAUUAGAAUUAUGCCACAUUAUGAGGAUCUACACCUGAUUUUCGGGACUGUCACUGGUAGUGGAAGAAAUACAAACUAUGAAAAUGAAACCAUGCAACUCAAUCCAGGAGAGGGAACGUCAAACCAAGAUCAAGUUAACACUGAUUGUUUGGGGACAUAUUGGACACCAGAGAUGGAUCAGUAUUUCAUUCCUGAAGGAGAAAAUAACUGCAAUGGCCAUGAUGGCUCAAGAUUAACGAAUGUUGAAGGAAUUGAUAGCCAAGCCUCAAUAUCUGAUGGGUUAAGGACAUUCUGGACACCGUCAAUGGACCAUUACUUUAUGGACCUUAUGAUAGAGCAGGUGCGUAAAGGUUGUAAAGUUGAUUAUGCACUAAACAGACAAGGAUGGACAGAUAUGAUCAGGCUGUUUAAAGAGAAGUUUGGAUCUCAACAUAAAAAAAAUAUUUUGAGAAAUCGAUACAAGAAUAUGAGGAAACAAUUUAAUGAUAUAAAGAAUCUUCUUUCCCAAAGUGGGUUCGUUUGGGAUCAAAGUAGACAGAUGGUGAUGGCUGAUGAUGAUGCGUGGGAUGCUUAUUUGAAGUCACACCCUCAAGCACGAUCUUAUAGAACUAAAUCAUUGCUGGACUACAAGAAGUUGUGUGUGAUAUAUGGGAAUGUAAGCCCCAAGAGGAAAGGCACCCAGUCUGGUGAAGAUACUGACAUACUCGCAGAAAAAAACAAUAUUGAUGCCCCGGCUACUUGUGGUCGACCAAGAACUUACUGGACACCUCAAAUAGUUCGUGAUCUUAUGGACCUUCUGCUAGAUCAGUUGCAUAAAGGAAAUAGAGUAGAUAACGCUUUCAAUAAAGAGGCACGGACGCAGGUUGUAGCAUCUUUCAAUGAUAAACACGGCUCUCAAUAUAACAAGGAUGUGUUGGAAAAUGGAUACACAAAUAUGAGGAAGCAAUACACCUACAUAAAGAAUUUACUUAGCCAGACUGGUUUUGUCUGGGAUGAAGAGCAGCUGAUGGUGACUGCUAAUGAAAAUGUGUGGGAUUCUUAUAUCAAGGAACACCCUGAUGCACUCUCAUAUAGAAAUAAAAUCUUGGCCAAUUUUAAUGACUUGUGCAUAAUAUUUGAUGGAAGAAACAACGAUUUGUGUCACAAAAUAGAUUCUGAUGAUCACGUUCUGGGAACGAAAAGUGAUGGAGUUUUACAAUCUUCAGCUCCACCUUUUUGUCAAGGCAAACCUGUAAAGGAACCAAAAGCUCGUUUAGCUACAAAGAAGCACCCUUCUACAACACCAUUAUUUGACCAGGAUUCUAGAAAAUUGCAAAAAAUCCAGAGUAACAAUUCUGGAAAUGUUCUUAGUGUAGCGGAGCGCGUAGUUAUCUCUUUAAGAAACCAGCAAAAAGAGAAUGCAAGCACAACUGAACAUGUCAUGUGUCAACUUCAAGCCUUACCAGACUUGGAUGAGGAUCUUAUAUUGGAUGCUUGUGAUCUUUUGGAGGAUGAAAUCAAAGCAAAAAUAUUUCUAGCUUUGGAUGUUAAGUUAAGAAAGAAAUGGUUGAUAAGAAAGCUUCGUCCGUAGUUAACUCCCAUAACCGUGAAAAGCAUUGUUAGGUGUUAAAGAUCAUCAUCAUUGUGAUCGCACACUUGGUACUGUUGAUGUAUAUAUUUGCACCUUUUUCUUACAGGAAG